GCACCUAACGUCCAAGUCGGGCCAAUUUGCUCGCGUCUCUGCGCGGUCACGCUGAAUUCGCGGUCACGGUGUGUCGGCAGCAUGCUGCAAGGGAACCGGCUGCAGACAGAAGAGCGACCAGGCACUGCGGUGAGCCGCUCGUUAUUCUUCUCACAAGGACCUGCUUGAUGAAUGUGAAUUGGUGUCUUGUAGAGGAGUCAGCAAAAUCAUUGUGAGGAUAAAGACAUAUUGUGGGCUGGGCUUCAGAUGAGCAUCACUGAAAAUAGAAGAGAGGAAGGCAGCUGAGAGAAGACGUCCAACAGAUGGCUGAUGGUGGGGCUGUUAUGUCUGGGACACGCUGUCAGUUUGGGGAUGGAACAAGAGGAAUCAGUCUUUGACCAGAGCAGUGCCAGGAGAUGGAGACAAUCUAUUGUGUUGUUUUAAUGAGAAAUUAAGAAAGUGCAUCCUGAGACACUCUACAGGAACAGCAAAUACCACAAUGGAUGGUGAACUAGAAGACUGUCAAAAAGAGUAGCUCCAUUUGUGGCUGACAAAUGAUUUGUACUCCACUGCAUGUGCAGAGCGGAUUUCUUGCUUUACCUCCACACUGACUUUAAAAAUGGGCUCAUUAGCUAAUGCUAUAAAGCUUUAAAAACAGUUCCUCUGUGCAACAUUAAGAUGGAGCCACCAGUUGAAAGAGGACUGCAAGACUCUUUCUCAAAAACUGCAACAGGCUUCUUUGGAUGGCGAGUUCCUGUCAGUUUUUCUUUCCUCCUGUUUCUUCUGCUCUUCUCCCUGGUUACACCGGCUCUGUCCAUUCACAUGGCGUCCAUAGAGAGCCACAGUGAGUUUAGCUGUGAGCCCAUCAGACUGAGAAUGUGCCAGGAUCUGCCUUACAACACCACCUUUAUGCCCAAUCUACUAAAUCACUAUGACCAGCAGACAGCCGCACUAGCCAUGGAGCCCUUUCAUCCCAUGGUCAACCUAGUGUGCAGUGCUGACCUGAGGAUGUUCCUGUGUGCCCUGUAUGCUCCGGUGUGCACUGUGUAUGGCCGGGUGUCCAUGCCAUGUCAAUCCCUAUGCCAGCGGACCAAAGACGAGUGCCACAAACUCAUGGAGAUAUUUGGUGUAGCCUGGCCAGAUGACAUGGAGUGCAGCAGGUUUCCAGAUUGUGAUGAACCCUAUCCUCGUCCAGAGGAUCUGAUAGCAGGCUCAGACCCCACUGACCAGUCCUCCAUGACAGUCCAGAGGGACUAUGGUUUCUGGUGCCCCAGAGAGCUCAAGGUCGACCCAGACCUGGGUUACACUUUCAUGGGCAGGAAGGAUUGUUCUGCCCCGUGUCCCUCGAUGUUCUUCAACCAGCAGGAGCUGACCUUCAUCCGAUACUUCAUCGGAGUCGUGUCGAUCGUUACGCUCUUCACCUUCCUGACGUUUCUUAUUGAUGUCACCAGGUUUCGAUACCCUGAGCGUCCAAUCAUCUUCUAUGCUGUGUGUUACGUCAUGGUGUCUCUGGUGUUUUUCCUGGGGUUCCUGUUAGAAGACAGGGUAGCAUGUAACACUGUCAGCCCCUCCCACUUCAGAGCUUCAACCAUAACGCAGGGCUCCCACAACAAGGCAUGCACCCUGUUCUUCAUGGUCCUGUAUUUCUUCACCAUGGCUGGCAGUGUAUGGUGGGUCAUCCUGACAAUCACUUGGUUCCUGGCCGCCGUGCCUAAAUGGGGGAGUGAGGCCAUUGAGAAGAAAGCCCUCCUCUUCCAUGGGGUUGCCUGGGGCCUCCCAGGGGCCCUGACUGUCACCCUGUUGGCCCUGAACAAAAUUGAAGGCGAUGGGAUCAGUGGAGUGUGUUUCAUAGGGCUGUAUGACAUAGAUGCCCUGAGGUGGUUUGUUCUGGCACCGCUCUGCCUCAACGUGGCGGUCGGUGUAUCUCUUCUGUUAGUGGGCAUUGUGGCUCUGAAUCGGGUGCGCAUGGAGAUCCCCCUAGAGAAGGAGAACCAGACCAAGCUGGUCAAAUUCAUGAUUCGAAUGGGCGUGUUUUCAGUGCUCUACCUUGUCCCGUUGUUGACUGUGAUCGGCUGCUAUCUGUACGAACACACCUACCGGAACAUUUGGGAGACAACAUGGAUGGAGGAAAACUGCAGACGCUAUCAUAUCCCCUGCCCAUACAAGGUGGAGCAGACCAGUCAGCCAGCCUUGGUUUUGUUCCUAAUUAAAUACUUGAUGAUGCUGGUGGUGGGGAUCCCUUCUGUUUUCUGGGUGGGCAGCAAGAAGACGUGUUUUGAAUGGGCCAGUUUCCUGCAGGGACGCAGACGCAAAGAUGGGGUGAAUGAGUCUCGCCAGGUACUGCAGGAGCAGCCAGACUUUGCCCAGUCCCUGCUGCGUGAACCCAACACCCCCAUUAUUAGGAAGUCCAGAGGAACAUCUACUCAGGGUACCUCCACCCACGCCUCCUCCACCCACUUGGCUGUCCUAGAUGACUUUGAUGAGCCAGUCAGAACUCACCAUGGCCACCCCGGCUCCACCAGGAGUAAGGCCAGCAGCGUCCACAGCAAAGCCAGCUACCAUGGCAGCCUGCGCCGCACGCGAGACAACAGGAGCGAUACUAUGGUUUACAGAGGUACAGAGGAGCGCAGUUUCCGUGGCAGCACACCACGUCUCAACCACCCACUUUCUACUCACAGCAGUCUCCAUCAUAUAGACGGCCACUCGAGGUGCAACAGCCAGCCAAACGCAUCUGAGGCCCUACCUACCCUCAUUACCCACGGGACCACAGCCAAUGUAGAGAAUGACGGAACCAGCGCCUGAGCAGUCAUCAAUCUCACAGGAGAGUAUUGUCAGGAUGCUGCUCAUGCCUUGUAAAGGUAACAUUUGCCCUCUGCAGAUACAAUCUGUGUCUAGGUGUUUUACUCUGUGAAGAUGGAGAAUGUUCCAGUGCGUGCUAUGUUUUUUUUAGCAGUGUGGCUAAAGGCUAACACAGUUCAGUCAGUGAACUUAACUUGUAGAUUCAGUUUCACUGAAAGCUGAAAAAAUAUGUUUACUUAAAGGUGGGGUUGGCAAUUCUGGGCUGUUCCAGCAGGGAAGAAGUGAAGAGGGAGGCCGGCUGACUCCGUUCAAAACACGGGCUCUAUUCCAUGAUGGUUACACGAACACUGCAUGUGGCCUUUGAUGCCCACUUAACUGAAUUACAAUCCUAACUAUACACGUAGAGCUGACUGCUGUUGGUAUUUUCCCCACAUGUAGCUGAAUGUAAAAGUAGCCUGUCCCAUGCGGUGGUCUUCUCACACUACAUACAGGUAGCAACUUCAACAAGUCUCCAUUUGCAAAUGAAAGCUGCUGUGGGUACCUUCUGUGCCAUAGCUCGCUAGCUUUAGCUAUCAAAACAGAGCGGUCACGGGUCUGCCUGCAACCGCAAGGCCUUGUGGAGAAUCGUGGCUCAGGUGCAAGUAGGAGGUUAGGUUGGCGGGCAGGUAGGCUGUCCAGCAGCUUUGCCUGAGACGAGUAAAGUUAUUGGUGAGGUUUCUCCAGUCCUGCUGCGACAGCAGAUGGCUUUUUUUUAUGUUAUCAUUGCCAUCAGGAUGAAAAGAAUCGCCAACCCCACCUUUACCUUUACGCAGCAACUGGCUCCUGUUUGCUCAACUCAGACAGGCUCAGCCAACAAGAACAAACCCACCUUCUCUGACUUUGGAGAAAUCAUUGACGCUGUUCAGUGAAAGUUUUGGUGAACUAGCACUAGUCAUUAAGGAGAAACUGGCAUUUCUGUCCACUAUGAUCUCACAAGAUGUGCAUGAAUACUGUUAAUACACUGCCCGGGCAUAUUAAUAGUUGCACCUGUACAAUUAUAUGCACUUUAAUGCAACACUUCUGUUCCUAAUAUUCUGACCCUCUCAUGUAUGUCAGUGGGCAGGACAAAAAUAUAGACAC